AAUUUCUUCCUCAACCCGAACCAAGUAGCCCACCUCCACUCCCAUCAGAAGUCGUUCUUCAAUAUCUGGAAAGAUGUUUAAGAGCGGCAUCAAGUCCUUUGCCCGCGCGAGGCCAACCUUCGUGGCUGCCUCUGCCGCCAGGCGCGUUGCCCGACCCUCUCCCUUCCGAUCAUCCAUCAGCAGCAGGUUCGCCUCUACAUCCAGUGUUGGUGAUGGCAAGAUCUACCAGGUCAUCGGUGCCGUCGUCGACGUCAAGUUCGACACGGCCAAGCUCCCUGCCAUUCUGAACGCCCUCGAGACCACCAACAACAACCAGAAGCUCAUCCUCGAGGUUUCCCAACAUCUGGGUGAGAAUGUCGUCCGCUGCAUUGCUAUGGACGGUACCGAGGGUCUCGUCCGUGGUGCCAAGGCCAGCGACACUGGUGCUCCCAUCACCAUCCCCGUUGGUCCUGCCACCCUCGGCCGUAUCAUGAACGUCACCGGUGACCCCAUCGAUGAGCGUGGACCCAUCAAGACCGACAAGUUCCUGCCCAUCCACGCCGAGGCUCCCGAGUUCAUUGAGCAGUCCACCACCGCCGAGAUUCUGGUCACCGGUAUCAAGGUCGUCGACCUGCUUGCCCCCUACGCCCGUGGUGGAAAGAUUGGUCUCUUUGGUGGUGCUGGUGUCGGCAAGACCGUGUUCAUCCAGGAGCUCAUCAACAACAUCGCCAAGGCCCACGGUGGUUACUCUGUCUUCACCGGUGUCGGCGAGCGUACCCGUGAGGGUAACGAUCUGUACCACGAAAUGCAGGAGACCUCCGUCAUUCAGCUCGACGGCGAGUCCAAGGUCGCCCUGGUCUUCGGUCAGAUGAACGAGCCCCCCGGAGCCCGUGCCCGUGUCGCCCUGACUGGUCUUACCGUUGCCGAGUACUUCCGUGACGAGGAGGGUCAGGAUGUGCUCCUCUUCAUCGACAACAUCUUCCGUUUCACCCAGGCCGGUUCUGAGGUGUCUGCCCUGCUGGGUCGUAUCCCCUCUGCCGUCGGUUACCAGCCCACCCUCGCUGUGGACAUGGGUGGUAUGCAGGAGCGUAUCACCACCACCAAGAAGGGUUCCAUUACCUCGGUGCAGGCCGUCUACGUGCCUGCUGACGAUCUGACGGAUCCCGCCCCUGCCACCACCUUCGCUCACUUGGACGCCACCACUGUGCUGUCUCGUGGUAUUUCUGAGCUCGGUAUCUACCCCGCUGUCGACCCUCUUGACUCCAAGUCUCGUAUGCUGGACCCCCGUGUUGUCGGACAGGAGCACUACGACACUGCCACCCGUGUGCAGCAGAUUCUCCAGGAGUACAAGUCCCUCCAGGAUAUCAUUGCUAUUCUGGGUAUGGACGAACUUUCUGAGGCCGACAAGCUCACCGUCGAGCGUGCCCGUAAGAUCCAGCGUUUCCUGUCCCAGCCCUUCACCGUUGCCCAGGUCUUCACUGGUAUCGAGGGCAAGCUCGUCGACCUCAAGGACACCAUUGCCUCUUUCAAGGCCAUCUUGGCUGGUGAGGGUGAUGACCUGCCUGAGGGUGCUUUCUACAUGGUUGGUGACUUCGCGUCUGCUCGUGCGAAGGGUGAGAAGAUUCUGGCGGAACUGGAGAAGGACAACUAAGAUGGUCAUGUUGGCACUGUAGAAUAAAAGGGGGAGGGGUCAUUUUCGCAUGGGGGAAAAAGGGAAACCCGUGUUUAGAUGCCAGGAUCGAGUUCACGGAGUUGUUAAAACGUAGCUCAAUCAAUUUCUCCUUUGUGAACUGUACCAAAAUUUGAAUAGGUAUUCCGUGUCCAUC